GCGGAAAGUACAACUAGCAGUAUAAGUCAAAUGAUGGGCAUUGUGAUUUUGAUUUCCCGCCGAAAUUAAAAGAAAACCCUCAUUCAAAUCAAUUUUCCACUUUUCUUACCCCCUUCGUUCUCAGAGACCCACCCAGUUGCAUCAAAAUGAGUAGUAGUUCUCCUAGUCCAAUGGAGACGGAGCAAAACCCUACGACCGACCAAAACGGCGCCGUAGCUUCCCAACGUUCACCUCUACCACCAUCUCCCCCUCCUCCUCUUCCACCGGAGGAUAAAAUUCUCGUCCCUGUCGAGGUUUGCUUAAAACCUUCCAGCACAGCUUCCAUUCACGAUGUUCGUUCCGCCGUUGAGGGGAUGCUUGAAAAGAGGAGUUUGAGCUAUAAUGGUGGACCGAUUCCUGUUCCCCUUGACGAACCCUUUCUUGCAGAUAAUGUGCAAAGAAUUUGCGUUUGUGAUACAGGUGAAGGGAUGCAGAAUGAUAACGUUCUUUUGUUCUGGCAAGUCAAGCCUGUUGUACAUGUCUUUCAGCUUAGCGAAGAAGGACCGUGUGAGGAUAUCAGCUCUGAUGGCCAGUCUUCUAGCUUCAAUGAAUGGAUUCUUCCUGCAAAAGAAUUUGAUGGCAUGUGGGAAAGCCUAAUAUAUGAAUCUGGUCUAAAGCAAAGGUUGCUACGGUAUGCAGCGAGUGCUUUGCUCUUCACUGAAAAGGCAGUUGACCCAUUCCUUGUUUCAUGGAACCGCAUAAUUCUUUUGCAUGGACCCCCUGGGACUGGAAAGACGUCUUUAUGUAAAGCAUUAGCUCAGAAACUGUCAAUUCGAUUCAAUUCAAGAUUCCCACAGGCUCAGCUUGUUGAAGUGAAUGCACAUUCUUUGUUCAGUAAAUGGUUCUCCGAAAGCGGAAAGCUGGUAGCAAAACUUUUCCAAAAGAUUCAAGAAAUGGUAGAGGAAGAAGGCAAUCUGGUAUUUGUUUUGAUCGAUGAAGUCGAAAGUCUUGCUGCUGCCAGAAAAGCUGCUUUGUCUGGUUCUGAACCUUCUGAUUCUAUUCGGGUUGUCAAUGCAUUAUUAACUCAGAUGGAUAAGUUAAAAUCAUCUCCAAAUGUUAUAAUUCUAACAACAUCCAACAUCACUGCUGCUAUCGAUAUUGCUUUUGUUGAUCGAGCUGAUAUCAAAGCAUAUGUUGGCCCACCAACUCUUCAAGCCCGGUAUGAAAUAUUAAGGUCUUGUGUGCAGGAACUUAUGCGUACAGGGAUAUUAACUAAUUUUGAGGAUUGUAAGAAUAUCAUGCUGCCAAAUUACGCUAGUGCAAAACAGAGAAUGAACGCACCAGAUUUUCAUGAAGCUACUACAUUCAUGCAACUGUGCAAGAAACUAGUUGAAACUGCAGAGGCAUGCGAGGGAAUGAGUGGAAGGUCUCUCAGAAAGCUUCCGUUUUUGGCACAUGCUGCACUUGCAAAUCCUUUUGAUUGCAACCCUAUCAAGUUCUUAUGUACAAUGAUAGAUACAGCAAAGAGGGAGCGUUCUGAGCUUCCUGACUAAUAUGUAAGCGAAGGUUCCAAUUAAUAGUUGUUCAAUUAAAAGUGUACCGCUUACUUCCACUUCAUUUUAGUGCUAUAAAUUGAUGUAGCAGUGAUACACUAGUAUUUAUUAUACACAGUUACUAGGAGCUAGCAAUACUAACUCACUUGAUCUCAGGGAGAUUAAGUUGGGUCAUAAAACUGUUCACCUUAGCAUCUUAAACGAGUUUAGGCUCAAUCAUGGGAUCAGUGUCAUGGAGUCUUGGACUUAUUUUCACAGAAUUGGUGAUCUGUAUUAACAGGACUUGCAUACUUUAUUAGUAUAGACGGUCAUGUAUUGGAUUCCAUAUUGCCAGUAAAGCACUUGAAUUGAUGAAGGUGAUGCAUGGGGUUCAUUAUAAACCAGAGAAUAGGCCACCAGUAAUCACAAAUUUAGCAUUAUGGUUAUAACUAGCUUUUAUUCAAGAGGGGCAAGAAGUCAAUAUUGAAACCAAUGUGAAUUUCAAAUUAUAUGGCAGCUGGCAUUACAAGUACAAAAAUUUGUUGUAAAUUAUGAUAUAAUUUUUUAGUAGUUUGGCGAAAGCUUUCCUUA